AGAAGAACGGACACUAUGCAGCCAUGUGGAAGAAGCAGAUUCGCGCGCAACGCGCAGCAGAGCAAGCGAAGAUCUUGAAGGACAAGGCAGACCGCCUCCGACGGGAGUCCAAGGAUGGCAACAUCAACUUGGACGACGGCAGCUCCAGCCAUUCCAAUUCCUCGAGCGACGAUGAGCGAGCCAAGAAGGUUCGUGGAACUCCCUCGACGACCGAAUACCAAGGCAGCGACCAUGGCAAACCUGCCGGACACCCCUGAAUUUAGGGUAUUCAGGUCCAACAGUGUCUAGAUCGGAACGCCUGAGAUUCUCCCUUUGAGUGAUGCAGACCUGCAUCGUCGGUGUACAAAACCACACUCUCACAUUUCAUAAUUUUUUUCCUCCCUCUUUCCUUGCGGAAAAGCGUUGCCAUAUAUUGCUUGCCCUCUUUCGUCGUUUGUUCAUCGUUUGUUCCUUUUUUGCCUUUUCUGAUACGUUCUGUUCAUGUCUCACGCUCACGGCUCACGGCUUGGGGGCACUCUGGGUCUGGCGUUGUUGGGUAGCAUGUCUUAUCAUCUGUGUUUCUUUCUUUCCAGACGCAAACCUCCUAUACGUUCUCCACUUUCCAGCUUCUUUUUCUGGUACUGGCGUUCUUUUCUAUAAUUUCGUUUUCGGGUGGGCAGUCAGGGGUGGAUUCAGGCAAUGGGGGUCUUUGUGGGAGGGGGAUUUUGUCGUAAUACCAAAGAAAGCCAAUGAAGGACAUAUGGCGGGGCGGCUUGUUGUUUCUUGCACUUGCACGUUACUCUUCCGAAAAAGAGGGGACGGACGAUCCAUCAUGGGUUUAUUCUCCACCGUCCCAGUUAUUAGGGAUAAGAUGAAGGGAAUGAAGAUGCACGCCUCAAGAUUGAUAGACUGAUGAUGAGAAGAGAGGCGGCGGUUACGCUACGCCUAGGACCUGUCACAAUCAC